UUGUAAAAUUUGAGUGGUUUCCUAAUUCCCACAAUGGUUUGACUGCGUUAGAAGGUCAAAGUAAAAUCCAAAGGGAAAGAGACAAAAGAGAGGAAAGAAAUGUUUGGCUCUAAGAUCCCGCCAAAAUUUUCACAGAACCCCUAAAAAAGAUUGGAGUGUUGCCGCCAUAGAUUUAUUUAGUCCACCAUUUUCUUCUCUGGAAUCCCAUCGCCGCCGCGAGAAUUGACAUUGUGUUGGCUUGCAGAUCCAUCUCCGCAACCGUAUGAUGUUUGAUGAAUUGCUGGAAUAAUCGAUAGAUGUCAAAUUGAGCAAAACAAGUGAAGCAACAUGUACGGGAGAAAAGGUUAUCAGCUUAUCAAAGAUUUUGCCACCGGAGAGAAGGGUCAGCUCAAACCUUUUAACCGAAAACUCUUUGACGAGACAAUCGAAGAGUGUGACCAGAAUCACCAUCUUAUCCAGUCCUUGAUAAGGAAGAUGCAGCAACAAGGUUUGGAUGUUCAGAACAACAGAAACGCAGACCACUAUGGAGCACUAAUCCACCACCUUUCUUUGAUCCGGAACAAGCGCUGCCUCAUGGCUUAUGUGUACAACCGAGCAGAAAUUGUGCGUGAUUUGGCCUGGAGAGUCGGACUUGAACUUCUCGACCUUCCCUCUGAAAUCCAAGAGAAGCUCACUACACUAGAGAAGGAGUACUUCAAGAACCAUUCGGUAGCUCUAAAAUCAUACAUGGGUAAAGUAGGAAUCGAGUUGAAUGUCGAUAUGGUGCCUCCUAAAGAUCCUUAUAUCAAGGUCAGAAUUUUGGAUGAUAUUGAUGAAGGAAUCGUCCUGAGUGACAAAGCAACAAAUUUUGCCCGUCAUUCUAUGCAUUUCCUCAAACGAACUGAUGCGGAACCGUACAUUGCUCGGGUCAGUCUUUUUGUUUUUCCUUCCCUAAAACUAGAAUGAUCUAAAGCCCAUAAACACCCGCUUUUUGUAAUUGAGAAAUUCGAAGAAUGUAUGCAAAAGCCUUGUUCAAUUCGAGAGAUGUAGAUAGAACCUUGAUCACAGCUUCACCUAGCAGGUUUAAUAGAUAAAAAGAAGACUGCUAAAGAUAAAUUAUAACUGAAAAACGAUACUAUAGAUUCUCUGAAAGAUCUGAAUAGUGAUGCAAGUAGAAGUUUUAGGCUUAGAAUUCAGUUUAAAAAUGAUGCAUGAAGUGUAAUGUGAAGAAUUGAGUUUUGUCACAUUUCUUGGUACCAUCAAGAUUACAUAAGGGUGAAACAUUUCAUUUUUUUUUCCCACAUUUCAUAAACUGUGAGAGUAUUGGUUUGUUUGGUGUCACAUUUGAUGUUUUACAUAGUAUGCCAAAGGUUGUUAAUCAAAUGCAGUAUGAUUCCAUUGCCUAGUUUAAAAGGGGUCUCGUGUCCCAUCCUUUGGAUAAAGUGUUUCUAAAUGUUG